AUGUCGGCUGAAGCAGGGGAGCUGUGCUCGAGCUCAGAAGAGUUGACGCUGUUGUUGCUUUCGGACUCCAGUUUGCCAGUCGGCGGUUUCGUUUCUUCGUCGGGACUCGAGUCGUUCACGAAUCACGGCUUCCUGGCCCACUGCAAAACUGAUCUUGCCCGCUCACACGCCCUGGUCAAGUUCACCUUCUCGAACGCCCAGAGCUAUGCCAGCCUCUGUGGGGCCUUCUUUUACCAUCUGCAUACACUCGUCACCGAUACCUUGAAACCGAACGCAGAAGACCAGGACCGCCUCGAUCCAUCGCAAGCUUCUGCCGCACAGGAGGAGGAGGAACAGAGGUUACAGCAGAUCGCCAGGAUUGUUCACAAGCUCAACCAGCUCUUCGAUUCGAUGUGUCUCUCCCCGGUCAAUCGUCGAAACAGUUACGCCCAAGGGGCUGCAUUUUUGCUCUUGUACUCCAAGUCAUUUGGCCCACCUGCAGGCCCUUCGAGUGGGACGGGUCUUGAACGCCUCAAGUCUCGGCUGAUCGACUCUCUCAAGCGGGAAAUCAGACGCGGCAACGGGUCUAUUCACUAUCCCAUUAGCUUUGCGUUUGUCACCGGCCUCCUCGGGCUCUCGUUUGAUCGGGCGAUACAUCUUCACAUCUUUCUGCACAUUCGAUCGAUCUUAUCUGCGGCAGUACGGCUGAACAUCAUCGGGCCAUACCUCUCGCAGAAGAUCAUGUUUACGAAUAUGAAGUCGAUGCUUGACUCGAUCAGCGGGGAGAUCGACGGUAAGCGGCUGGCCCGAAGCGACCUGGUCGAAUGUGGGCUGCUCGAUCCCGGUCAACCAGAGUCAGUCGCCGAUCGCGUCGAGGAUGGGCCGGCAACGACUUGGCCAUUCGGGGAGAUCAUUCAGACCCGUCAUGACUCUUGCCACGUCCGAUUGUUCAACUCUUGA